AUGCACUCGCCCGCCCAGUCGCCCAUUCUGGAUGUCACCGACACCGUAACGCUGCACUCCGAGUUGGACGCCGACCUGGAGUCCAAGGAGGCGCCCUCCUACUCCUUUCCCGUUCCCCAGAGUCUCCGGCUGCCCGGCCUGGGUUUUCCCGGAAUGAUCGGUGCCAAGAGAUCCUCCGAAUCGCUCCCCGCCUUCGAGUACAUCGCUCCGCCAGGUCACGCCCUCCAGUCCCUGGAGUUUCCGCUCAUGGAGCUCAAUCGAGUGGGCAUGAUCGGAGGCGGAAUGUUUCCGGGCUUCAUGCACCGGCGGGUUCGCGGCGAGAAGCGCCCCAUUCCGGAGGCGCAAAAGGACGCCAAGUACUUCGAGAGGCGCAAGCGAAACAACGAGGCUGCCAAGAAGUCCAGGGAUGCGCGUAAGAUCCGCGAGGAUAGGAUAGCUUUCCGGGCGGCCCUCCUGGAGCAGGAGAACUCCAUCCUGCGGGCCCAGGUCCUGGCGCUCAGGGACGAGCUGCAGACGGUGCGCCAGCUCCUGGGAGCCACGACCGCCGGCGGCAUGUUGUCCAUGGCCAGGCAGGUGUGA